UAUUUAUAAGCAUCCACCGUCUCUCUUCUUGGCAAGAUAAGAAAAGCCCUUUGGAAGGAAAGGAUAAAAAAUGGUGAGAGAGAGAAGGGAGAGAAGGGAUCAUAACCGGCGUUACAGGGGAGUGAGGAUGAGAAAGUGGGGGAAAUGGGUAGCAGAAAUAAGGCAACCAAACAGUAGAAAUAGAAUAUGGUUAGGUUCAUAUAAUACCGCGGAGGAAGCAGCAAGAGCAUAUGAUGCUGCUGUUUUAUGUUUACGUGGGCCUUCGGCGACGUUUAAUUUUCCAUCGAAUGUACCGGAAAUUCCUGCAACGACAGAGAUAUUGCCUCCCGCGCAGAUUAGGGAGGUUGCUUUUAGGCAUGCAAGAAGGGGGAGUACUUUGGAAGCUGCAGAGAGGAUUGUGGAAUCUGGGUUGUUUGAAGGGCCGUCUGGGAUGAGUGGAGAGGUGUAUCAGGGUGGCGAAGGCGACGGGGCGGAAAGUUUAGAAGGAGUUUCGAGUGGGGUAUGUUAUCAAACAUCUGGUGUGCGGACAGUUUAAGUUUGUUUGAGGUGCUUCUUCUUCUUCUUCUUCUUUACUGUCCCGUGACUUGGGAGUGUCGAUUGAGCUGAUAGAAUUAAUUGACAUAGAGAGGAAAGUUUUGGUCGAAGGAAUUGAUUGGAAAUUUUGGUUGAUAUAUGUAGGGUCUACUUUUUUCUUUGAUGUAGAAAAGGACAAAAAAAAAGGAAAAA